CAAUGUCGUGUCGUGUGGUUCAUUUCUGUCCUCAAAAUAAGUUUUGUAGACAAAUAAACAAACACAUAACUGACUGACUGAAGACACGGCUGAGAGCCUGAGGCAAAUUUGUUGCAUUAAUUAUUCGCCACACAAGAAUCCAUCUCCUUCUUUCAACCAUACAAAGUCUCAGAAAUCAAGCUCCAAUUCCUUGAAAGAUCAUUUGUUUUUGGUAAAUGGGUAUUCAAACUUCUUUCUUUACUUUUUUGCUCCUCCUCUUACAAUGCCGCUCCUCACCACUUUUCCGCACUGUCCCUCACUUUCCUACCCGCCAAAGACCCUCCUUUCAUCCCGAACCCGAUUCCGUUGUCCCUCGUUCGGAGCCAAAAUGACAGCUAGCGACAAAAACGGUGCGGCCAUCCUGUGGUUCAAGCAUGACCUACGCAUCGACGAUCACCCGGGACUCGUAGCCGCCUCCAAAUCUCGAGUCCUCCUCCCUCUCUAUGUCUUCGAUCAUCGCAUCCUUUCCCGUGAGUUCCAUAUAUAUGCUUUUCUGAUGAAAUGCAACAGUUGGUUCUUAUUGCUGUGGAAGAUCUGAGAAAGUCAUUGAAGGAUCUGGGUUCUGAUCUGAUGAUCAGGUUUGGGAGUGCAGAAAAUGUCAUACUAGAUCUUGUGAAAGAGGUGAAAGCUACCAAUAUAUAUGCUGAAGAAGAAGUAGAGUACGAUCUACGCUUAAUGAUGGAUGUUGUAAAAAAAACCUUGGAAACAGUGUAUUCUCAGGAGGGGAGUGCAAGACUUGAGUUGUGGCAGACUCCAUUUUUUGAUACGAGGAGCUUGAAGAACCUUCCUGAAUCACAUGGUGACUUUCAGAAACUUCAAUUUUCUAUAACUUCACCACUUCCACCCCCAGCAUUAUGUAGUGUGAAAACGGAAUGCGAUUGGGGUCCUGUACCCACUUUUGAUGAUUUGAAGAAAUUUAUGAAUAAAAAUGGGUGCAAACCACAAAACAGUUGGACCUCAAUCAAGGAGACAUCAGCUGAAAGUAUUUUGCAGAUUGAAUUACUGAAGCCUGGGGAAAGAAAUCGAAAGGAUUUAAGCUUUAGGCACAGCCAAAGGAAACAAAUAGAUAAAUCUGCUUUUGUCACACAAAAAGGAAAUAUCGUGGGAGGUGGGACAAACACUGUAUUGAAUGCCUUGGCUGCUUACUUGAGAUAUUUGGAGGGAACAGCUCGAGAUGACUGGCAGGAGGUACAUGAAAGACUCCGCAAUGCUGAAACACGGGAUGGAGCAUCAUUUAUUGCACUCUUCGGCCCUGCACUCUGUCUUGGCAUCAUAUCUAGAAGGAGGGUACAUUAUGAAGCUAUAAUAUAUGAGAAAGAACGAAAUGCUGGGUUUUUAUCUCCUUUUGGAUAUUCAGCAGCCACUGUUGCUGCAGCAAUCGAUGCUGUGUGUUCAAUGGAGUGGUAUUGGGUCAUGGCUCUAAAAAGUCUUAUAAGUUAUGAUGAACCAUAUUCUAUUCGGAUUUGGAGAUGGAAGGGCUUUCUAAUUCAGUAUACAGUUCUUGGUCAUGAAGGUCCUGCUAUUCUUCUUGUUCAUGGUUUUGGUGCUUUUUUGGGGCACUACCGUGAUAAUAUAUAUGGUAUAGCUGAAGGUGGAAACAGAGUUUGGGCCCUUACAAUUUUGGGAUUUGGCAAAUCGGAAAAGCCAAACAUUGUAUAUACUGAGCUCAUGUGGGCUGAGUUGCUCAGAGAUUUUAUUGUUGAAGUUGUGGGCGAGCCAGUGCAUCUUGUUGGUAAUUCAAUUGGUGGUUACAUUGUUGCUAUUGUUGCUCGUUUUUGGCAUACUUUGGCCAAGUCUGUCGUCCUCAUUAACAGUGCUGGCGAUAUUAUUCCAGGAUACGCUUCUGUGCCAUUCACAAAAUUGUUUCAGGAGAGAAAAAUUUCAGGUGCUUCAUGGUUAGGUGCUCGACUCCUUUUGUUCUUCUUGAGGUCGAGACUUAAGGACAUAGUGAAGAAUUGCUAUCCAACCAAGCCUGAGCGAGUAGAUGACUGGCUCCUUGAUGAAAUGCUGAGAGCAUCAUACGAUCCUGGUGUCCCAGUGGUCUUGGAAAGUAUCUUCAGCUUCAAUAUCUCAAUUCCUUUAAAUUAUCUCUUGGAAGGAUUCAAGGAAACGGUUCUGAUUAUACAGGGCAUGAAAGAUCCAAUCUCUGACUCAAAGUCCAAAGUGGUUAUGCUUAAAGAGAAUUGUGCAGGAGUUAUAAUAAGGGAAUUAGAUGCUGGCCAUUGCCCACACGACGAGCUGCCACAAGAAGUGAAUUCUAUUAUCUGCGAAUGGGUAGCGUCAGUCCAUAGUAAACUUCCUGCCGAGAGCCUUCCCUAGAUUGAAUUGGUGCUUUGAACACAUGUCAAAUAGGGCAAAAUUUUUCCAUGUUACCACCCUUUUGACUUCAUGUUUCCUAUUUGUUCAUACUGUCUUUUCCCAUCCUUUGGGAUUCUUUCAUUC